GACGGAUUCUUUUUUGGCAAUCCCUCCUUGGACUGCGAAUUUGUUUCCCAGCCUCGAAUCUACUCUAUAUUUUCCUCCCUCGAGACCGAUGUUACCAACUUAAUCAAUCACAUUUCGCCAGAUGUUGAUUUCACCGUAGUUGGUCAUCAGCCUUUAGCGGGACACUAUCAUGACUUGAAACAUUUCUAUGUCAAUGCGCUGUACCGACUCAACAACUGCAUAAGACUAAAGUAUCCCAACGAGUACCGUAUCGAGCUUCAGUACAUAACAGGUGGUUGCGAUCAAAAUUGGAGUGUUCAGGAGGUUUUGUUUAGUGGACGGGCAAAUAAUGGUGAGAAUUGGUCAAUGGUGAAUGUUUGGAUCACUCAGUGGGAACAUAAUAAAAUGGUCAAGGUUCGAACUUACGUCGACGCAGCGCGGGUAACAGAAUUGCUUCACGAUAAUGAAGUGUGGUCCAACUCAACGACACGUUCAGACCAUAUGGCAUUUCUUCCAGGUCCACGAGGAAUGCCUCAGACAUCGGCGCUAGAGUCUCUUAUAGAGAAAAUGGGAUACUAG